CCUCACACUUCGCGAACUAUCACCAAUCUUCGACGAACCCUCUCUCCGCUUCCAGCACGCUCUAUCCUCCUUACGAAUCUGUCAAUUUCUCAGCCCCGCGCACGCAAGCCUCGCUGCCUCCAGCCUCAACAUGUCUAUAAAAGCCACAAAGAGAUCUCAUAGAUCUCCCAUCAUCACUCUCUCAGAUCUACAGUUCACAUCUCCACUGCGAUCGCCGACUACUCUUGAGCCUCAUCCGCCUUAACAAGUCUACAACAAUUCCAUCUAUUCAUCUCGCACCCACACCACCAAACAGUCCACCAACAAUGGCCUUCUUCCUCACUCCCCGCUUCGCACCCGCCUACACGGCGCAAUGCAGCCCUUGGGGAUGCGCACCAGCCCAACCCUCCUACCGCCGCAUCUCGCGCCCAUCCUUCCCAUCUUUCGUCCCCUUCCUCAGCCAGGUCGAUGAGCUGCUGAGCGAACUGGACCGCGAAGCACGCCGCGAAGCCCACCGCCAGCGGCAGCAGCGCAAGCGCGCCUUCCGCGCCCGAUUCGACGUCCGCGAGAACGAAGAAGGAUACCAGAUUGAUGCUGAAGUCCCCGGCUUCGAGCAGGAGAAUAUCGAGAUCGAGGUCACUGAUGAGAACACCUUGAGGGUCGCCGGCAACACCGAGAAGAAGGUCGAGCAUCAGCCACAACCGACCGAGGCCGCACCUCAGGAUGGCAACAUGGAUGGCGCGACGCUCAACGAGCCAGAGCCGGAAGCCACAGGCUCCGGCGCCGCCACUCCGACGCACUCCGACACCGAAUCCCACAAGUCGUACCAAGCGACCGUAGAAGAUGACUACGAGGACCUCGGCGCCGAAACCUCGUCCACACUCUCCGGCGUAUCCACCCCACCCCAGCCCAAGGAAUCCAAGGGCAAGGAGAAAGCCGUGGACAAGCCUACCACCAACAGUGAAACCGCCCCCCAGCAGCAGUCUCAGCCCGAAGCUCCAACACAGCAACAGGAGCAGUUGUCCGAGCAAUUCCAUGGAUCCUUUGAGCGAACCUUCCGCUUCACUGAGAGGGUCAAUGCCGCCAAUGUGAGGGCCAGUCUGAGGGACGGCCUGCUCAGCAUCACCGUGCCCAAAGCCAAGGCUCCGGAAGUCAGGAGGAUUACUAUUCAGUAGACAAUGCAUUUACAGUCGGAGGAGAGCAAUAAGGGCAUAGGAAGGAAGUAAUGGGUUCGACAUCCAUGGAUCGGAGUGUAUCAGUAUUUGACUUGUACGAUACUUAGAUAUCGGUAAUGCGAUUAUGACUUCAGGCUCAAUAACA